GUCCCUACUAUGCACUAUGACAGCUGAGAACAAAGUCCUUGCUGGCUCAAAGAGUGUGUAACUCUUCCAAGAGGAUCUACUGGAGGAUUUCCACAAUUGCAAACAUAGAUCACACAGACCUUUCAAUUUGUUAAUAAAGGUUGAUGCACUAAAUUCUACUCAAGAAAUCAUCUGCAAUGGAUAAAAUGAAUGAGCUGUGGAAUUCAACAGCUUUCACAGACAAUGUCUACAUAUCAAAACGAAGUAUUAGAAAGAUUCUCACCAGCAAGAGGCAUUAUCUGCCUGUGGAGAGUAACAUUACUGACACCAUGAAAAUGAGUUCUAAUCUACCCAGGGAAGAGGACAUCAGUACUUCUACCAGUUGCGAUGAAAGAAAAAUGAAAAAAUUACGAAUCCAAGAGAGUUCAAGGACUCAAGCUACAUGCCACCUUCCUGAGAAAUUUUCUGAACAAUCCUAUGAAAAGGUGAGAGAAGUUGAUAUAACUGAUGUGAAGGCUGAGCCUGGAUCUGAUUCCCGACUGAAUUAUGAGCACUUGGAAGCGACCAGCAUCACAAACGUGAAAGUGAAACAGGAGGUGGAUAUCACUGCACCAUGUGAACUGGCAGCGAUUCCAAGAGAUCAGCAGGAGACUGUGGGGGAUGAAUGCGAGGCUGAGGGAAACGAAGCGGACAGCCUGAACUCUUCUCAGAAGCAGGUUUUAAAAAAUCAUCAAUCAAUUGUCUUUGCAGGCAUGAAGAAGCGAGGAACGGAGGGAGACAUGGAAAACCGUCCGUACAAGUGCCCGUACUGCAGCUGGGCUUUCAAAAAGUCCAGCAACCUGUUGAGCCACAUCAACACUCACCAAGGUCUUAAACCACACGUUUGUGACCUGUGCGGGAAGGCUUACUCGCAUCAAGGUACUCUUCAGCAGCACAAGCGGCUACACACUGGCGAACGACCGUACCAAUGCCCAUUUUGUGAGAAGAGCUACAUUUGGUCCUCUGACUUCCACAAACACAUCCGAACGCACACCGGAGAGAAGCCAUACAUCUGUGAGGAAUGUGGCAAGGAUUUUGUGCGUUCCUCAGACCUGCGGAAGCAUGAGCGCAACAUGCACACCAACAACAAGCCGUUCCUCUGCAAGCAGUGCGGCAAAACCUUCAACAAACCCCUGUCUCUUCUCCGUCACGAGCGCACGCAUUUGGGUGAGAGGCCCUUUGUUUGUCCGGAGUGCGGGAAAGCAUUUGCCCUGGCCAGUCGCAUGACAGAGCACAGCAAAAUCCACAGCGGCGUGCGUCCCUACACCUGCUCUAUUUGCUCCAAAGCUUUCACCAAGUCCUCCAACCUCGCUGAACAUCUCACAGUUCACAGCGGAGUGCGGCCACACAAGUGCUCAGAGUGUGGGGUGGCAUUCGCCACAGCGUCCCGGCUAGCGCGACACCAGCGUAUUCACACAGCUGUACGCUCCGAUCACUGCAAAAGCUGCGAUAUGUCAUUCAGCAACCUUGCGGCACUUGGGAAGCAUCAGAAGCAGCAUGGAGAGGGCACAAUCUUUGUAUGCGGGCAGUGCAGUAAAUCUUUCCCCCAGGAUUCCCUGCUUACAGAACACAUGCAAAGCCCAUGCUGA